AUGUUCUUUGUAAACAUAAAACCAGGCCCCAAUAACCCAGAAAUAAAGAACAUAGAGUAUAUAUACCACACAAGAGUCAAGAUUGAAGAUCCAAGAAAAUCAACUGAAAUUCCUCAGUGCACAAGGUGUCAACAAUACGGGCAUACCAAAAACAACUGUAUGCGCCCAUACAGGUGCGUUAAAUGUGGAAAAGGACACAAAACUACAGACUGCCCAAAGAAAGACAACAACACACCCGCUACCUGUGCUCUCUGCAAUGGUGACCAUCCGGCUAACUACAAAGGCUGCCAAGUGUACAAGGAAAUAAAAGCACGAAAAAUUAAACCUCCGGCAGACAAGCUAAAAUACUUGAAACCUGCACCCCAAUUAGCUGACUUCCCUCCUCUGAAAUCUCCCAGUUAUAUUAGACAACAUUCAGCAAACAACCAGAUGAGAAGCACGGAACACACGCUUGAAAAUAUGCCUAGUACUUCAAAUACUAGCUAUUGGAAUAGAAAAACAGAGAUUAAGCAGUCUCAGUCAACAAGCUCAUUAGAGCAAAUUAUAAUCAAACAAUCUGAAAAGAUAGAUAUUCUAAUCCAACAAAUAGGAACCCUAAUGGGCCUCCUAACGUCGCUCAUAGCCCAGCAGAAAAAAUAA